UGCCACGUCUGUAAGUUUGCGCAUGCGUACGAGCCGGAAGACACGACAGACGUCUGCGAUGGAGUACUUCCGAAAAUAUCUAGGGGCACCACAAGAAGGUGGUCAACCCACUGGAGCUGAAACGGUUGAGAGACUUGUAGACAGAGUUCAGUCUUCCACAUUACUAGAUGACCGCAGGGAUGCUGUUCGAGCACUCAAAGCCAUGUCUAAGAAAUUCAGACUGGAGGUUGGUACACAAGGAAUGGAUAUCCUGACAAAGACUUUAGAAACAGACAGAGGUGAUGCUGAAAUCACAGGCUAUGCACUUGAUGCCCUUUGCAAUAUUUUGUCGAAUGAACCACUGGAUGAUGAUGAAGAAGAGAUGCAGGAAAAUGUUCCGGAUGACUUAGGAAACCAAUUUACAGAAAUAUUUAUUAAGAAAACAGACAAUGUGCCUGCACUAUUGUCACUAUUGGAGGAGUAUGAUUUCCACAUCCGUUGGCCAACUGUGCGACUACUCACAAUUCUAUUAACGAAUAAAGGCAAAGACUUGCAGGAAAUUAUCCUAGUCAGUCCCAUGGGCGUGUCCAAACUUAUGGACCUGUUGUCCGACAGCAGAGAAAUCAUCCGCAAUGAUGCACUUCUACUACUAAUUCAGCUGACCAAGAACAAUGCUAACUUGCAGAAGAUUGUUGCUUUUGAAAAUGCAUUUGAGAGACUGUUUGAUGUGAUUGCUGAAGAAGGUGACAGUGAUGGAGGUAUCGUAGUAGAGGACUGUCUUAUUUUGCUGUUGAAUCUACUGAAGAAUAAUGCAUCAAACCAGAAUUUCUUCCGUGAGAGCAGCUUCAUACAGAGAUUAUCACCUUUCUUCAAUCUGAAAUCUGACCAACAAGCAUCACAGCCUGGUUGGUCAGCACAAAAAGUCACCAACAUACACAAAAUGUUACAGUUGGUCCGUACACUGGUGUCUCCUAACAGUCCACAACAGCAGAUGUCAGCAUGCCAAAGAUCAAUGUUUCAAUGUGGUUUAGUACAGCAGCUGUGUACCAUACUGAUGGCUAGUGGAGUGCCUGCUGAUGUCCUAACUGAGACGAUUAACACUGUAGCAGAGGUGAUCAGAGGCAAUCCUCAAAAUCAAGAGUACUUUGCCUCGGUGAUGGCUCCAUCAAAUCCUCCCAGACCUGCUAUUGUGGUUCUGUUGAUGUCUAUGGUGAAUGAGAAGCAACCUUUUACACUGAGGUGUGCUGUGCUCUACUGUUUCCAGUCCUUCCUAUACAGGAAUGAGAUCGGCCAAUCACAGAUAGUCCAGACACUCCUACCUACAUCCUCUGAUGCCAACACGAUAUCUGCAGGUCAGCUACUCUGUGGGGGGCUGUUUAGUGCUGAUUGUCUGUCUAACUGGUUCGCUGCAGUAGCCCUGUUACAUGCAAUCAUGGAAAACCCCACUCAGAAGGAACAACUUCUGAGGGUUCAGCUGGCUACCAGUCUGGGGAGUCCGCCUGUGUCCCUGCUACAGCAGUGCUGCAACAUACUGUCUCAGGAAGAUGCUAUGUAUGCUGAUGGUGGUAAGAUCCAGACUCGGGUUGGACUGCUGAUGCUGAUGUGUGGAUGGAUGUCUAGCUGUCCAAUUGUUGUGGCCCAUUUCCUCACGAACACAGCAAACAUACCAUUUCUGAUAACCCAGGUGUCUGCCUCAGAGAGUGACGAGAAUGAGACGCUUGUCCAGGGGCUGUGCUCAUUUUUACUUGGAAUAUGUGUCCUUGAUAAUGAUGAUCAAAAUGAAACAUUCAACAGGGCAUCUUUAAGACAGAUAAUAGAGAAGAGAAUUGGUUUAGAAUCCUUUUCUGACAAGUUAACACAGAUACCAAAGAAUGAGAGUUACACUAAGGCAGCUAAAAAACCAAAUUUCACUUACAAACAUCCAAGUGAGGUGGUAUUUGAUUUUGAAUUCACAAGAAUAUUUAAAAGUCUAGAAGUUGAUAUUUUAAAUACGGUCUCGCCUAAUGCUAAUGCUGCAGAACAAAAACAGAAAAUUGCCAAUUUACAGGAGCAUGAAAAAGUUGUUAAUCAAUACAAGGAACUCAUACAGGAGCAGGACACCCAAUUAAAAAGUGUAACUCUGGAGUUGGAACAGAUGCGUUAUCAAAAUACCACAUCCACGGGGCAGUUGAGCGAAAUACGGGAACAGGUUCAGCAACUCAAGGAUCAAAAUGCACUUCUUAAGGCUCAGAAAGGUUCUCAAGGGGCAAUGUUAGAUACAAAGAAAGACGAUGACCUCAAAAAUCUUCAGGAAGAAUUAGAAAGGCUAAAGUUAAAUGUAACUGAGAAAGAAACAGCAAUAGAAAAAUUGAAGGGAGAUCUGACAGUGUCCGAUGCUAAGGUGCUGGCAUAUCAGACAGCCGGGGAGGAGGACAAGGAGAACAACCCAAGUGAGGUGGCUGUGUUACAGGCAACAGUUAACAGAAUCAAGUGUGAUCUCCAGGAGGCCCAACACAUGGUGACAGAGAGAGAUGCAGAAGUGUCCCGACUCACAACUCUACACAGCGAAGCACAGAAACAGAUAGAAUGUCUGAAUCAAACGAAAAAUGAAACUUCAAGUCAAGUAACUGGAGGAGGAGAUACAGUUUUACUGAAAGAAGAAGUUCAAAAACUUUCCAAUGAAAAAUCAGCAUUACAGGAGAGAUUAACAAAGGCCAAUGAGGAAAGUCUUAAUCUUAUAGACAAAGCUAAUAAAGCUCAUGAGGAGACCAAAAAAGUUGCAAAGGAAAAGAGUGAGGUCGAAGAAGAAUUGGAUAACCUUAAAAAAGAACAAGAAGAUUUGUUAGUUUUAUUAGCAGACCAGGACACUAAAAUAGAUGCAUACAAGACCAGGUUAAAAGAGCUAGGAGAACAGGUGGAGGAAGAUGAUGAUGAUGAUGAUUUAGGAGAUGAAGAUUUAGAUGAAGAUGACGACUGAAAAAAGUACAUGUAUAUAAAAUUUGAAGUUGUAUUACUCAGUGCCUUGAGUACUGCAAUAAAACCUGUGAUACAAAUGAUGGAACUCUAUGGAUCCCCUGACAUCAGGAGUAAACCUACAAAUUCCCAGACUUCAGGGAUAAAACCCUGUGGUACAGUUGAUUGAACUCUAGAUCCCCCAACAUCAGGGGUAAACCUACAAAUCCCUGGACAUCAGGUCUAAAACCCUGUGAUACAGUUGACGGAACUCUUGGAUCAUCAGACAUCAGAAGUAAUAGCAGUUGAUUGAACUCUACAGAUUUCCAGACAUUUGGGAUAACACUCUGUGAUACAGUCGACAAAACUCUGGAUCCCCAGACAUCAGGGGUAACACCCUGUGAUACAGUUAAUGGAACUUUUAUGGAUGACCCAGUUGGUUCAGUCCUGGAAAUGGAGUCUGCUUCCUUGUGUGAUUUGCUUGAAUGUAGACAAUUCUUAGGACAUGAACAAUGGAGCUGAUCAUUUGGCAAUAAUCAUAAACACCAAUUUGUCUAUUUUUUUUAAAAUAUGUGUUGCAGAUCAUAACUUGUACAUGUAAAUUUGAAUUGCCACAUUAUUCUAUUAUAGAGAGGAACGCUCAGUAUCUGUCACACUGAAUAAUCAUGAUCUAAUCAUGUGGUUUGUCAAGGAUCAAGUUUUGGGAAUAGAAGGUAUAAAUAUAAUGAGUGAUUUUUGUAACGGAUAUUUUGUCAUUCUGUACUUGGAAAGCAAUGAAUUCAUUUAAUAGUACUAGAAAAUAUUUAAUAUUUGUGCAAUCUGUUGUUUUUUGUUUGAAUAUUGUGAAUUUCUUCUUUUUUUUCUCAAUUAAAUCCAUGAAAUUUCUGCAGAAAAAGUACUCUUUCAUUUAAAAAUUAGUAAGUUGUUUUUGCAUCAACUGAAAUUGAAGUUUUGUUUUAAUAGUAAUUAAAAUUAUACUUUAUAAAUCAUUUUUUGGUACAUUGAAAAAAUAGCAAUCCUUGUGAAACAGACACAACUUUCAUAAGAAUGUGUUUACAUGUGACUUUGUUUCCCAAUAUAUGUACACCAUGUACACAAUAGAAAGGAGAACCCGAGGAAAAACAGACAUACUGAGAUUGAGAUUUCAAUAUUAUUUUUUGACAUAAUGUCAACUGCCACCCGGCCAUAUUUUUACAUUUGUAUUGGACCAGUGUGACCUGUGACCUUAUAUACUAUUGCCCUACACAACGACAGGCAGCAUCUUGGAGAAUUGUCUCGGAGAAUCAUGUUGUUUAUUUAUUAUUUACUGUAUGAUAUAUGCAGUGUUGUUGAGUUUCCGUGAGGAUUGGAAUAGUGAAGCUGUUUUGAUAUGAAGUAUACUAAUUGUGUGAAGAUCUAGAUUGGACAUAGAUGAGUUGUGAAACAGAAGAUUAUGAAUACUAGCUUCAGGUGUCUUUAAAUAAUGUCUACUGCGUUUCCUAUUUGGCAGUUUUAUCUGCAAAAGAUUUCUGACAAUGACAUUGUAUUGCAAGUAGAUUGAUCUAUAAAUCAGUCAGAUUAUAUGGUCCUGCAGGGAUGUUGGAUUAGACAGCAUGCCCUGUGUAUAUUUAUUUAUACAAAUGAGAAAUUAAUUUUGCAUCUAGUUCGAAACUCCUUCCAAGGAAUAAAUCGAUACCAGUAUUAUGAAUUAAAAGGAAAAUGAUUGGAAACAUUAAGAAAAUCAAAGAAGUCUAUUUAAGAUAUAUAUCUUUUUCAGAUAUGGUGUCAUGUUUAUUUUCUCUGAAGUGUGAUUUUUCUUGCUUGCCUCCGAGGCAAGAUUUCCCUGUUCCAAAAUAUGGUUAGAAAAGAACUACAAACACUGAAGAAAAACAAGUGUCCACCCCAGAUGGACGAGAUGUUUGUUGUAAUGGUUCAAUAUCUAGCUUUCCAAUACAGUGCAUAAUUGUGAAUAUGAAAUGUGUGAUGCUUACCAGUGCUAUGUUAUGUGUAGUUUGUUUGGCUGUGAGUAGAUUGUAGUGUGCUUUAGAAUCGGGGGGAAAAUUGCCCUGUUGUUCUAUGUAAUAUGUUAAAUUAAAUGUAGGAAACAUGUCUUAUAUACAAGAUUUCAUAUUCAGGCUUUAUCCUUCAUUGAUGUAGGUAAUGAAUGCUAUUGCCAAGAAAAAACCAAUGUGUGAGCAGUAUUAAGAAGCACAAUAUUAUUAAUCUGUUGCAUAAAAAAAUACUGGUUAUGAAAAAAGAUGGACAUGAGGCACUUUAUUAUUCUAAUGUCUUUAGAAGUAUACUUUUAAAAAGCUUGUGUAUAGGACAGUGAUGGACCUCUAAACAUAUCAAAAGGUAAUACUUAAACUUCUUUUGAAUUUUAAUCAAUAAUUAAUAAAUAUGUUGAUUAGAAACCUUAAAUCAAUAACUUCCACAUUAAAGUGGAAUACGUAAAAUUUAUUUCUAUUACAAGACAGAUGCACCUGUAUGUAUUUGCAUCAAAAUUAAAAAAUAUCAGAAACCUACAUGAUAAAUUACCAGUUCUGUUCACAGAUUUAGUGAUUACUAGUAAAAACAGAAUAGACAAAAGCAGACAUAAAAAAUAAUUCAAAACCACUUUGUCGUCUACAUAAUUGACUCGACUAAUGUGUAGAUUUUGGUUAUACAAAAUGUAUACCAGAAAGUGCAUGGGUGUCAUGAAAGAUUUUAUAUGCAGUAACUUGGUGUUCAACCUCUGAAUAGUGAAGGCAACUAGCCAACUGGAAGUUAUUUUACAUUAUUUUUUAUCCACCAUGUCACCAGUGUAAUCAUUAUAGGCAUAAUUGUGGGAAGAUAUAUACAUGGGAGAUAAUUCUAAUUAUGGGUAUGAAUGGUUGAGAGUUGUAUGUGUAAGUCAGUUUGAAUAGUGGUGAAUUUGAGGGUUUCUUGUAAAGUUUUAAUGCACAGAUCAUGUUGAUUUUAAAAUAAUGCCUUGUAUAUAUCAUUAACCUAUACAAUGGUUGUUUAAAACUUGAUAUAGAUAAUAAAAUUUAUUACCUAAGGUAUGUUAAACAUA